AUGUAUCGCCAUCGAGAUGCGAACUCGAAAUCAGCUCCGAUGCUGGUAAUAAAUAGUAGUAGCGAAGAUGAUGGUGACGAGGAUGAUGCAGACUUGGUGGAAUAUAUUAGACAAGAUUCCUUAACAACAAUAUUAAACCAUCGCCUAUAUUUGGCUAUUGUGCGUAAAGAGUUAAACCCGGCUCCACGCGAUACUGUGCAUUUUUUCAAUAUUGAAGAAACUUUAAAGUACGAGAAUUUUUUUAGUGACUUCGGACCUCUCAACAUAGCAAUGGUUUACCAUUACUGUCUCAAGGUUAACCAUUUAAUGGACGAUGCUGAAAUGGCGAAGAAAAAGAUCUUCCAUCUCACGAGCAACGAUCCGAAAAAAAUCCUGAACGCCGCUUUUCUAGUAGGGUGCUACGGAAUCAUAUAUUUGCAUCACAAUCUGCAAAGCAUUAUGAAAGUGCUAGCACCGAUCCUGAAAAAAAUCAGCGGAUUGAAGUACUGCGAUGCGUCCCAAAGCGAGCUGCGGUAUCUAUCGCUUAAGGAUUGCCUGGGGGCAAUUAUCAAGGCGCACAAACUUAAUUUUUUUGAUCUGACCGAUUUCAACCACGUGGCGUAUGAGUAUUACGAGCGGGUCGAGAACGGCGACCUUAACUGGAUCGUCCCGGGCAAAUUUUUGGCAUUCUGUGGUCCGCAUAACGAGACACGAUGCGAAAGCGGCAUGGUACAGCACAGCCCGUACCUGUACAUCAACUAUUUCCGGCAACACAACGUGACUGCCGUCAUACGGCUGAACAUGCGCAAGUACGACGCUAAAAGCUUUACGGCGCAAGGAUUCAAGCAUUACGAUUUGAUCUUCCCAGACGGUAGCAACCCGGAGGAGGAUAUUCUGCAAAAGUUUCUCAUAAUAUGCGAGGAAGAAAAGGGCGCCAUUGCGGUGCACUGCAAAGCUGGUUUGGGACGAACCGGAACGCUGAUCGGGGCGUACCUAAUCAAACACUAUGGAUUUAGCGCAAUGGAAGCCAUCGGUUGGUUGCGCAUCUGCCGACCCGGUUCUGUGAUCGGACCGCAGCAGCUGUGGCUGAAACGGAAACAGCCCGCGUUGAUAAACGAAGGUGCCGUGUUUCGAAGACACCACCCGAACGCUGCCAACGUCCAACACCAGUACGGUAUCUACAGUCAGCGUGAGGAGUGUAAUGCGGCGGGAAUCGUGCAGGGAAUAUCGCACAAGGUAGACACCAUGCGGCUUAACGAUGACGACGAGUAUCUCGAUCGUAUGCAAGCAGCUAACCAGAUGAACAAUAAUACCCUUCAAUUAAAGAGCGUUCCUGCGGCACGCACGUGUCAAUCCACGAAAUGGAGCUUGCGCUCAAGCCUAUCGCGACAGAUCGCCAUUAAAGGCCGUUCGGCUCAUCAGUCGUCUACCUCAACGAGUCGUACACCGGCUAAUCGUGGCCGGUCGAAUCCUGCUGCGAGCGCCACUCCGAGUGGUCCAACCAUAGAAGGGGAGCCGAUACCCACGCGCAUGAUAUCUAGGCGCCGCACGUCCACUGCCGUGGUCACGCAGCAAAGCUCACAGGGCGAUCAACUUAACUUGAUAAAGGCAUACCGACCUCCACGCAACUACAAUGUUCCGGACCAUGGCGGCCCAAAAAUCAACCAAUCGUGUCAUAUACGGCUCGAUCAAACUACUGCCACCUCAAACGCUGAGUGUCAUGGUACCAGCUCCAGUACCGAUGCUGUCUCUGACAAUGCUUGGUUCAACGAUGCUACCAAAGUUUUGUUUAUGGAUUGUCCUGGCAAAAUGGCGGUAAAUAAAACUGGUGCAAAUAAUUCUGCAACCAGCCAUGGGCGUCGGAUGUCUACCGUUGAAGAAUCAAUUUUCGAGGAUCCCAUCAACAAUCAUCUUUCAAACACUAACCUCCAGCCGAACUCACCCGACAAGAGUAACACCAUCGUAGAGACAAAUGAUGCCUGCAACAACAUUGAAUACAAUUGCAAUUUUGAUGUAUCAUACCACGUCCCGUCAUCGUCGUCGCUAGAAUCCUUACGCUGGAGCAAUAGCGAUGAGGAUGACGUUAAGGGUGAUGGGUCUAAUAAAUGCCAAAGUGUAACCAACAACGCUAGCACCAAAGCUCUAGAACCGGAGGACCCGGACGAGAUAAACCCGUCCUCCGGAUCGGCAACGGCGACAUCGCCCAGUGUCGGCAAUCCUUGCAAAGGCAUUGAUUACGAUCUGGACGUAUCGCAUAACCUCAGCUCAUCCUCUUCCCUAGAGUCCUAUCGCUGGAAGCGUAGCGAAGAGGAUGGCAUUCAGGACGUAGGGUUUAAUAUAGGUGAGAGUGUAGCCAGCAAUAGCAUGCCUGUCCUGCAGAUGGCAUACCUCACCAAACCUACGGGGAUUUACCGUCAAAUGCCCCCUCCGUUGCAGCCCGCACCUCGCAUGUUCUAUAAACGGUAA